GUUUCGCUGACAAAAAGUAAUCGUCAAUUUACGCCCCAAAACUUUCCCUUUUUACCUAUCCCUAUUUCCUCCAUUAUUUCACAUUCAAUUCUUACAAAACCCUACAAUUUCUCUCUCAAAAUCUCUGUUUUUUGCUGCAUUAUAUGUAAUAUUACAAAAUUUGCGACUAUUUGUUUGCCGAUUUUGAAGUAAAUUUUUGGUAUGGAUUAUAAGUAUAAAUCGGUAGAUGAAUCAUUACCACAACAACACCAACCUCCUCCUUAUAGACAGCAGCAUCAGUCUUCAACUCUCACUUACUUCACUCAACAAGCCAUUCGUGUUUCAGCUGGCUACAUGGCGCCUCAUUCUGGAAACGCACUUGAUCAUUUCCAACACCAAUCCGCCAAUUUGCAUGAGGCAAUGAGGAGAGAGAUUGAGAAUCCCACCAUUAUGCGUGAGGCAAUUAUGAGAGAAAUUGAGAAGGAGCGUAUUAGAGAGGAGAUUAUUGCAGAAGAGAUGGCUCGAAGACGCAUGUUGGAGUAUGAAGUAAGAAGAGAGCUCUUGAUGGAAAGACAACUAGCAAAGCUGAGUGGAGAAGGAUUUUCUCCUUUUCCUUCACCUGUAAUGAGUUUUUCACCGACGCUUCCAUUCUUGAAGCAACAGAGUGAUGCAGGGUGCACAGAGGAGAGAAUCGCAAGAUCACUUGAGGGGAGGAUGGGAAAGGAAAUAUCAGUCUCUGGACUGGGUGCAAGAAAUGAGAUCAGGAGACUCGAUAUAGUACCAUUUGAGGAGCGGAUUUCAGAGAUUCCUUUUCAGCAACGAAGUGUGGAACCAAAGGUUUCUGCUUUGAAGCCUGUAUCCCAUAGUGUGGAGCGAAUGCUUUCUGAAUUGCAGCCCUCUUUGGAGCCUAGCAAAGAGAAAGACAGGAUCAUCUUGCUGGGUAAGCCUAACACAUGUCUCUCUGGAGCAAAAAGGAAAGCUAUCUCACCGCUAGUGGAGGUUACCAGUGAGCCUCCAUCAGGCAAUGUUCCAAAGAAAAAUGGUAAAGAGGACUGGAGUUGUGCACUUUGCCAAGUUAGUGCGACGAGUGAGCGUGGUCUGAAUGAUCACCUCCAAGGAAAGAAGCAUAAGUCCAAGGAGGCUGCUUUAAUAUCACAGAGGAAUGGGAAGAACUAUAGUAUCGGUCUUUUCCCAAAGAAACCAAAAGUUGACGACAAUCUCAACAUAAAACCGAAAGUUAAAUUCUUGCCUGGUAAUAAAUCAGUGGAGGGAACAUGUCUUGAGAGUUCGGAGAAAGAAGGUACAAAGGACAACAUCACACCAUCUUCGCAAUCCCAUGCUGAUGGCCUGGAAAAAGGUGCAAAUGCAGCUCAGGAAAAGAAGCAAAAAACUAAGGAGACUAAGAAGAAAAAGUUCAAAUUUUGGUGUGCAACAUGCAAAGUAGGGGCUUUGUCAGAGAAAUCGAUGGAGGCACAUAGGACAGGGAAGAAGCAUAUGGCUCGGCUCCAGGAACUCAAUGACCGCGGCGUUGCUAAUGAAACACCAAAAGAUGUCGAAAAAACUGAAGUGACCGAUGAUGUGAACCCCAAAGAACAAGAAGAAGCGUUCACCACAGGUGAUAACUGAGUUCGGCCAUGUUCAGGACAAUCAGAUUUAUGUUAAGAUGUAGAGGUUAGAAGAAUCGUGAGGUGAACUGUGGCAGCUUGUUAUUUGAAAUCUUAACUAAUCUAAGAGAAGUUUCAGUUUUUGCAAAAAUGGAUGAACUAUGCAAGAGGUGUUUAAAAUUGAAAAGCUUUUUGAAA